AUGCUUCAAAGACUAAGAUACAGGAGAAAAAUCCAAGGUCCGAAUACACGUACCAGAAAGCGAAUUCGAGUAAAAGAUGAGGAAGAGGACGAACUUGCGUCGGCCACGAAUUAUACCAAAACGCGCACAUCUGCUACGCCAGGAGUGGAGAAUUGGAAGGCAUACACUCUGUGUCAGCUAGCCAAGAGCGAUCCUGAAUCUGUAUGUGAUCUGCUGGAUGCUUACAAGGCUGAAUUCGAAAGACAACGCAUCAAAAUCAAGUCUCUCGAAGCAGAAAUCAAGCAAGAAAAGAAAUCACAUGAGGAAGAAGUUCAGCAAGAAAAGAAAUCGCACGAAGAGAACCGUCGCAUACUCGGUGACAGGAUCAAGGCACUUACUCAUGACAUGGAAAAGCUUGUCCUUCAGAAUAUGAUAGAUUUUGGCAUAAAAAAGGCGUCGGAUGACACCAUCAAGGGCAUGUGGUGGCAGUUAUCUUACAAGAUCAAGAAUACCGUCAGUAACUAUUUUACUGAGCGGCCUCAAGACGAGACGAUCUCCGUCGGUGGUAUCGAGUAUCAUAUACCCGCGCAGCCCACACCUGCUGGCCGAAUCCUUGCUGUACGAGACAGCCUCAAACGACGCCAGCUCUGGGAUCCCUACAAACUCCCCAGUCCUCAGUAUCUCCAAAUGAUCAGUAAAAUAAAGUCAGCUCUUGACCCGGACCUUGAACAAGAGGCAGAUCCUAAAAGCCAUUUCAAAAGAGUAGAGAUGAUUCAAGGCACAGUUGCUCACUUCAAAAAUAUUGUAGCAGACAAGAUGCUGAACGAAUUUCAAGAGGAUCUGAAGAGCAUAUUCGCGGAUGCGUGGAAACUCUACACCACCAUGAUGACGUCCAAAGCCAUCUUUGUCAUAGAGUGGCACCAGAGUGACGAUGGAAUCAAUAAUCAUCGUUACGACCCAGAGACUAUGGAAUUGUCCGUCGGCGUUGAUGCCAGUGAUGAUGCAUCAGAACACACUUUCGCAGUGAUCGAGUCGCCGGCCUUGUGGAAGAUUGGAAAUGGAGACGGCGAAAACUUCGACUCUGCCAUGGUCAUAUGCAAACAAUCUGUGUUUGAAUGGGAUGGCAAGAGUGAGCCCAGUACAUCUGCUUGGGACGAAUCAUCAUCGUAA